AACCCAUCUGCCUUCUUCCUGGGCACUUCGCUACACUUUCCCCUUCCCCUUCACGCAACUGCCGGGCCCGCGCAUGAAGUUUCAUUGAGUAGAGAGAACGAAGAAGAAGACGAGGUGGAAGUGAAACGUCCGUCUGCUCACUAAUUAGGGCAUCGCGCUGCCUUCUUGGGCUUCCAACAUGGGAACUUGCGGUCUCGACGGAGGAGUGGUAAACGGUGUCGCCUGGUCGGACGAAGAGCAGUCCAUGGCGGUCGCCGUUCUAGGCCCCAACGCCUUCGAGUACCUCACGACCUGCCACGUGUCCCCUGACAGUCUCUUCUCCGCAUCUGGCGCCGCCGUCGCUGACCUUCAGACGAAGCUCGUCAACCUCGUGGAAGCCUCUGGCGGCGACGGCUGGUCCUUCGCCAUCUUCUGGCAAAUUUCCCGGUUUAAAUCCGGCGAUCUGGUACUUGGAUGGGGAGAUGGGCAUCUCCGUGAGCCAGAAAUCGAGAGUCUUUGUUCCGUCGAUGAUGUGCAGCAGAAGAGGAGGAAGCGGGUGCUGCAGAAACUUCAUUUACUCCACGGCGGAUCCGACGAUGAGAAUUACGCUCUCCGACUCGAUUGCGUUACUGAUGCUGAGAUGUUCUUUCUUGCUUCAAUGUACUUCGCCUUUCCCAACGGAGAGGGUGCUCCUGGCCGAGCUUUACUACACCGUAAACACAUCUGGAAUGCUCCAUCAACCGCUUCCGAGGAUUACUGUGUUCGGGCAUAUCUUGCGAGGGCUGCAGGAUUUCAUACUAUUGUUCUGGUUCCAUUUGAGAAUGGGGUUCUUGAAUUAGGGUCUGUGAAUCUUAUUCCAGAAAGCUUUGAGGCGUUGAUGAUGAUUAGGUCUGUAUUCUUCAAGGGAGCGGAGUGGCCGAAGAUCCUCGGGAAGGAUCUGAACAUUGGGCAAGCCGAGAGGCCAUUUGAGCUCAUUGCAAACAACAGAAAAGUUAUCAAUUCGAAUACAAAUCAAGGUAUUGUGCCCCAACAGUUGAAUUCUACCAAUGGGCUGAUGGUAGCGAGAGCUGAGAUUGAGCGAAAUGGGAUUGGUAUUAUUCACCAAAAGCAGCAGCUUCCGCCUGCAUCAAGGCGGAUAGAUUUCGCCUGCCUUGAGAAUUCAGAUGCGGAGGCUUCUUGCAAGGAGGAUAAACCCAGCAUAAUAGAUGAGCGCAGACCGAGGAAAAGGGGAAGGAAGCCGGCAAAUGGCAGAGAGGAGCCACUCAACCAUGUGGAAGCUGAGAGGCAGAGGAGGGAGAAGCUGAACCAGCGUUUCUAUGCUCUCAGGGCUGUUGUCCCCAACAUUUCCAAAAUGGACAAGGCUUCUCUGCUGGGUGAUGCGAUUGCUUACAUUACUGACCUCCAAAAUAAGCUUAAAGAGAUAGAAUCAGAAAGGAAGGUGACACCAGGUGUUGAAGUGCAAACAGGGCAAGAAGAAGUGAUUGUUCAGGUUACCUGCCCUUUGGACAGUCACCCUACUUACAACGUUAUUCAAGCAUUCAAGGAGCUGCAUUUCACUGCUGUCGAGUCGAAGUUGUUGACUACGGAUGAAACUGUCUUACACACCUUUGUUGUGAAGCUGCCGAGCGGCACGGAGCAGGCUGCAAAGGAGAAGCUCUUGACAGUAAUUCCUUGCCAAAUGAAUCUUCCUGGACAGUAAAAUUGAACUUUGAUGUGGCCUAAUUGAAGUGAAGAGGCAACAUUGCAUGGACAUCCAUGGUGUUAUCAUAUUUUUUCGUUGGAAAUAUUAUAGGAAUGCGAGGCAGAAUUAAUCUGCAAUGUAGCUAAUUUUUUGUAUAGAGUAUUAGCUCAAGUUGCUUAUUUUAAUUUCGCAAGGCAUUACAUGUUUUACCUUUCUAUAUAGUCUCCAGCAAUUUUAUGGAAUCUGGUGAAGUAGGUUCGAGUAGGCUGAAACAUGCCAUUAGAUUUUCUUCAGGUUUGUAUGGUUCUGCCUCGAGUAUUAUUUGAUGCUAAUUACAUUUUAUUGGAGCUUGUUAUGUA